GACAGUCUGCCAUAAGCCAUUGCAUUUUUCAUAAUUUCCAAAGAUUUUCAAUAAAUAGAUCCUAGAAGAAAUUACUUUAAUGUAGAACCUUACUAGCAUUUAACGUAAACUUGAAGUCCACAGUUAUAAACAUAUUUAACAAUGGUUGUUGGCGCUUUUCCCAUUGCAAAAUUAUCGGUUUUAUUAAUAAAACAAAUCAGUAAGCCCAUCGCAAAUGCCUGCAAAGAACGAGCCAAAAAUAGUCCCUUUUUCAGGACUUACGUGUGUAUGCCUCCAGCUCAAUUUUACAACUGGUGCGAAGUGAAGGCGAAAAUGUGGAUAUUAAAUCUAGGAAAGCCUGUGAACAUUCCAGUGCUAAGCCAAGAGAUGGCAAUAGAGCUGGGAGCCAACUUACUGGGCGAAAGUGUUAUAUUCAUUAUUGGUGCUGGUUUACUUAUUGUAGAAUAUAACAGACAAAGCAAAAAGGAGAGCGCAAAAGAAGCAAAGCGGGAAGAAGAAAUGCAACACAUUACAACAACAAUAACAGAUCUUUACUUCACUGUUCAACAGCAGCAGACCCAACUCAAAGAAAUGGAAAGACUGGUCCAUUCUAUAAGUGGUCAGAAACCAAAGUCUCCUCCAACUCCAAGUAAAACUGAUACACCUGCAAAGGGAAACACACCACUGUCUCCGGAACUGGGAAAUAAGCCGCAGAACAUAAGUUAUAUGCAGCAGUACAUUCCAGCUGGCCCUACUCCAUACCCCGACAAAGGCCUCAUACUGCAGUCCCUCAACUACAUACAGAUGGACGUAUUCAGCUCAUUCUUCACCAAAACUAGUCACACAGAAAUAACUCAAACCGAAAAACCCUCAAAGAAUGAUUACAAACGAGAACCGGCUGUGGUCUCUCAUGCUCUUAAUGACAUUGAAAACAAUCUAAGGAGUUUGUUUUAAGAUUCCUGGGAGCAGAUUAUUAGAAUUAUUACUAUAAGUUAUUAAAUAUACUUUUAAGUUCAUUCAUUUGUAAAUUUUUACAUGUAUUAUUCUAGCUUUAAAAUCAGUGAGACAAUGAUAUUUUAAAUAUCAUGAAUUUGUUUGGGUGUUAGUCAUUGAGAAUAAAAUGUACAGUUAC